AGAAGUGGCUGUGGCACACUGAGAAGAAGAAAACCUCACAGUGCUUCUCAACAUAGUGUUAAGCUUUUAUUGGGUUUGAGCAAUGGCGUUCCUCAAUAGAAUGGGAAGCCUACUGAAGCAAUCUGCUGUCAGGCACAUCAAUCAAGAGUUGUCUGGAUCAAAACCUUCGAUUUUCCAGGCUAUUCGAUCCAUGUCAUCUUCAAAGCUUUUCAUCGGAGGUAUUUCAUAUAGCACAGAUGAGAUGAGUCUGCGGGAGGCUUUUGCACGCUAUGGAGAAGUAGUUGAUGCAAGGGUCAUUAUGGACCGUGAAACUGGAAGGUCCAGAGGUUUUGGAUUCAUAACUUUUGCAACAACUGAGGAUGCAUCUUCUGCCAUUCAAGCCAUGGAUGGCCAGGAUCUUCAUGGUCGGAGAAUACGUGUGAACUAUGCUGCAGAAAAAUCACGUCCAGGAUUCGGCGGUGGUGGCGGCUAUGGAGGUGGUGGCUAUGGAGGUGGUGGCUAUGGCGGUGGUGGUGGCUAUGGAGGUGGUGGCUAUGGCGGUGGUAAUUUCGGUGGUAAUGAUAAUAGUGGUGGAAGUUAUGGAGGUGGUGGAUAUGGUGCCCCAGCAAGCUAUGGCAGUGGCAGCACUCAAACUAGUUUCGCAGAUAGCGGUGCUAGUAAUUUCCAAUUCAAUGAUAACUCUGGCGGAGAUCUUCCCUCUGGUGGAGGCAAUACGGGUUUGGGAUUUGAUCAUGAGUUUGAUGAACAAAAGGACAGAACAGAUGGGGAGUUUCAAGACAACAAUCUGAGGGAAAACAAUGAUGAAUCCAGUGAUAUCGCACAGAACCGUGGGUGAGGCUACCAUUUGCCAUGGAGGAAUAUCUUGCAAACAGAGCAUGUAACCGUUUUUGUUUGCCUUUCUCCCCCUUUUUUUUCCAGAACUUGAUUGUUUGGCUUGAAUUUGUUAGUUUUUCAGCUCAACAACUGAUUUGUAAUAAGAGAUUUUCUAGGAUUGAUUUGCAACUGCAUUUAGAAUGAUUAUAUUUCUAUCUUA